AUGAAUAAAGAAGAAGAGGAGUUUAUUAAAGAGCGGGAAAGGAACAGAGAACUAAUGGAAGAAAUCGCCAGAGAAAUUGAAAUGACGUGCUCAGGUAAGUUAAAAAAUGAAAAUAAAUAACAAUAUUAAAAACCUUGGAUGAGCAAGUCCUUCCGCGCGAAUUGCACGCCCUUUCGAAUAGUUUAACCCUUUGGGACAAUUGGGAGUGUUCUAUAUGAAACAAUGCAGAGUUUGCAGUUCUAAAGCCACUUACCGUUUUAGUUUAACCCAUUUAGUUGUUAAGCAGCAAAUCCAGGAAGUUAUACAUACACUAUCUAUAGGUAGCCAUUUUGACUCCUGAGGGAAAUAACCCACCCAGCCCAGAAAAGGUUGGCCACACCACCGACCGGGGUUUACGAUCAAUACUUUUUCCAGUGUAGUGGUGUGGGUUCUUUUAGGUCGCACAAGUACCAGAUAAGUCCUGUCGGACCUACGGUUUUUAUUCCUUAUCCGAGAAGACUACAAAGUCUAACCGUUUUCAGAUGUCGCUACGAAAGCAGCACUUUCUUCUCAGUUAUUUAAAGAACCUGAGUGUUGGUCCGGCCGGGGUUUGAACUCGCAACCUUCCGCUCAGCAGACCGGCACUCUCCCGACUGAGCUAAUCAGACGGCGGAGGUUAAAAAAACUUGGAACACUGCUACCUUAUUAUGGAAUUCCUGACUAAUCUUGAGAGAGAUUUAGACAAACAUUUUGGGCAAAAAUCCACUGCCAAUUUCACUAUUCGCCACUACUCUUACCAGUUUGAAUUCCUCCUAUUCCGGAAAGCUAAAUAGCCCCAAUUCCGUGAGGUGAAAGGCUAUAAGUUGAACUAGAUAUCUAUAGAAUAAAAGAGCAAACGAGAAAGCUCCUGAAAACGUUUAUGCUAGUUUUCUUUUUCUAAAAACGCACAAAAUUUUCCGACUUGGAAUUUAAUGGUACCGAUUUAGAUAAACGAUUUCAAGUCCAUGAGCCAUUUUGUGAGAAGUGGGUAAAAAUACAAUAUUUGUAGCAACCCUUUAUGGAAAAUUAUUUCGUUGUUUUCGUUGUUAUUAACUUAGUAUGUGCUAAAUUGUGAUCGGUCUGUUACCAAACUUGAGACUUAAGGAACGUUAUUGGAAAAAUUGGGGGCAUAUAUUAAACGGUUGUGGAUGACGAGAAAUUUUUCCCUUAAAUAAUGAAACUAUAUGCAAAUUCGAAGCUUUUCUCUCAAGUUAUUAACUCCUUUCAAUUCGAUCAAGCUUUUUCAAUUCAUGGUGACAAUUGAAACUUAGGGUGCGUUUGAUUGCAUGAGAAACCCGGAUUUAAGUUUAAAGUCCGGGUUUUAGAUUUGGCAAUCGAACGCGAAAUGCAAAACGGAUAUUUCACCCUCACCCCCGAGAAAUCCUUCCUCAAAUCAUGACUUUAUGGAUUUUCUUUAUACCGUUCUAGUUGGAAAAACUGUUCUCGUGAACAGCGUUUUUUUUUCUGCUUGUUAUGCGUGCGCAUGCGAGAUAACUGUUCUCUCAAAAACAGUUCAAAUUUUUUCUUGUUAUAUCCCCGAAAUACUGAUUACCAAAGGUCAAAUCUCACCUGUAUAGCAACCACAUAGACCAGCAACACCAUACGAUAUCGAACAGGCCUUUAAAUGCAAUUUUUUUGUUUGGAGUAUUGACACCAACGUUUUCUCAAUGAAUUUUAAACUUGCUGAUUUGAUCUGCUCACAUUUUGUCCUGAUGUAUUGACGGUGUUACUACGUAUGACGUGGUUGUGGUUCGUAAGGAAGUGCACAUGAACGUUUCGUCCUAUAUGACCCCUACCGCAGUUGUUGACUGCAGGUAACAUAGCAUGGAGCUGAAACGAACAGAAAUUUAUCUUAAGUCAUAUGCUAUUCCAUGCCAAAAAUAAUACAGCCAAAUGGAAAGGUAGAAACCUAUUUUCAUAUUCAGUCAGUGGUAUGUCACAGGUUGCAUUUACGAAAAGAGUUUUGGCCUUGGUACGUGCAAAGUUGUGGCCUCCAAUUUUUCCCACAGAAAUUAAUAGCAACGGAAAUAAUUUUAACCGCGAAAAAAGUAUAUUUAAAGCCAACGCUGCAAUGUACGUAUGUUAAUACAGCAAAAAGGCAACAUUUGUAUUCUUGCUUUAACAAAAGGUAAUAAUAAUAAGUGCUACAACUUAACUGGUCGAGCUCGAACUGUAUCCCCAAUAAAGCACACAGGCUUAGUCACCGGCAGUUAGGCUGGGGAAACAAAAAGUGUGACCGACAUUUGUCUGGGACAGGAAGCACCGAGCUCAAAGGCUUAGAAACAGAAAAAACUUGGGAUCAUCUUUGAUAUAACGAGAUCACCUUCACUAAUAUACCUAACAAAGUACGAGGGCCAAUAGCCAGCUAGGCUGUUAGAAACGGUUAGGGCGCAGCAUUUAAGGUAAACAGGUGUUUAUUACGAUUGUGGCUGGGGGUCUGUAGCAUUGCCAAUUUGACUGCAUUAGUCACUGACUUAUGUCGCCACUUAAGAGCGGUCCCGGUACAGCUGUUCUAAGCGUACAUUGAGACUAAAUAUACAAGAUAAGGAACCGGUGAAAAACGGCGCUAACCGUACAAAUAAAAUAAGAAGUGAUAAAAUUCAGAAAGAUGGCAGAGCUGAGCUGCCAACAGAAAUAAAUGCGGUCAGACAGAGGCCAGAAAAGAAAAAACUGCCCAAAAAUCCACGAAGGGAAAAAAUGCGGGCGAAAAAUCUGGAUAGGAACCAAGCCUUAAGCUCAAAGACGUUUCUACGGGACUUUAUAAGUUAAUCGAAAUAGGCCGCUCCUAAAAUAAUCAAAAAACUUAAGAAAACCAAACAAAGGUUGUUUCAGAAGCCGAUAUGACGUACACGCGAUAUUUAUACGUAGCCUUUUAUACUCCCGGCAUGGCCAAGACAAGACAAGACAAGACAAGACAAGACAAGACAAGACAAGAACUUUAUUUAUACCAAACAGAAAAAAAGACAUUUGCAAAAGACAAUACUACUUAUGUAAGGUACAAGCGUCCUUUAGCUAAAAAGCUAAUCUAGCUAGGAGGCAUUAUAGAUUAAUUAAGAAUAUUUAAGAGGUUCUUUCAUGGAGGUACAAGUAGAAAACAAGGUUAAAAAAAUAAACAAACAAAUAAACAAAGAAAAUAAAAGAAAAAACGCAUAUGUAGAGAAUUGCAUCACUGAAAAAUUGAGGAAGUGGAGAAAGUAUUGGAAAAGAAAGAACUUAAUAUGAACUAGUGCCCCUGGCUAACACCCAGGUUCUGUGGUAUUUCGUGCCGCCCAAAUAGUUAUUUCUCAUUCUUAGCGGGAUAAUUCGUCAUAAAUAACAUAACUUGCAACAUGUAAAACUUUGCUCAAUCAUUUUUCACUGAUUUUAUCUGCCAUUUUACCGUUGUUAUAAGUGCCAUCAAUUGAAUUAGUGUUCCUUGCAACUGAUUUAUUCAUUCGUGGACUACCAGUCUAUAUAAAACUGAAAUAGAACUGAUUCAGUUUGAUAAUUGAGCAUUAAAUCUUUAUUUCCAGACAUAAACGAGUGUAACACAGGAGAACACAACUGUGACGUCACUAGUUGGUGCUAUAACACUAUUGGAUCCUUUGGAUGUGCUUGCAGGGAAGGUUAUUCUAAAAAUGGAGAAGAUAAAUGCACAGGUAACACUUUCAAAUCCCUUAAUUGAAACACUCAGAUAUUCAUAACCACGUCUCUUUCAAAUCAAUUUCCUCUGUUCCAAGUGGUUUUUCACUAAAUUCGCAGCAUUGCUGGGGACAGCAAAGAUACUAAGGAAAGUACCGUUUCUGUAAGAAGAAGGAAAGAGAGACCUGGGAGCCGUGGUGACUUGUUGUGACCCGCUCCCAAGGACUAUAAACCAGGCCGAACAUCCUGCCUGAGUCUACAAGGAAUGGACAUAAUGAUAAUAGUAAUAAUAAUAAUAAUAAUAAUAAUAAUAAUAAUAAUAAUAAUAAUAAUAAUAAUAAUAAUAAAACUUAUAUAGCGCCGAUAUCAAUAUUGCUAUUUUCAUCAGCGCUUAAAAAUAAAAAUCUUCCAAAAAAAAAAAAAUUACUAGGACUGCAUAAAGAUGAACCUACCAAAAAGAGUUAAAACAAUUAUGUCAACACUAAAAUUAUAAAAUUACCUAGUCUACUUAAAUGGUAAAAAAACUGCACAAAACUUACUAAAAACGAGAUUAAAAAGUACAUAAAAUUACAAAAAAGCUUUCUGAAAUAAAGAUGUCUUGAGUGUCUUUUGAAAAGAUGCUACUGAGCUACUGAGCUACUGCAUCACAAUCGGAGAGUAAAUUGUAUUUACAUGCUUCUUAAGAUUAAUAAGUUCCUGGAGAUAAAAAGGUGCUAAGCCAGUGAUAGCCUUUUACGUUGACAGUAGUAUCUUAAAUUCAAUUUUGAAUUUAACCAGCACUAUACAGCGACGGUCGUACUUGGCAGUAUUUAGAUUCCUGGAAAAUUAACCUCUAGCGGCAGCAUUUUGGACCCUCUGUAGCUUAUUAAGCUGGUAGGCUGGCAGGCCAUAGAGCAGGCUGUUACAAUAGUCGACGCGACAGUGUUAUACCUAAAAGUUCGGCACUAUUAUAACAGCUAGUUCCUUCUCGUCGACCACAACAGGGCUGAAGACGUGUUUGUUAUUUUUAAGGUCGAUGAUCAUCUCCUUGUAUUUGGCAGUGUUGCAUGCAUUGCUCACGUGACCAUUCCUCGACAGCACUAACUGCGCUUUGAAUGUCACCCUGUGCGCCUCGCGGGACUAACUCAUCAAUAGUAGAGAGAUCAAGCAGCGCGUUUAAAGCAAACGGCAAACUUGAGAUUCAAGUUGAGAAAUUUUUAAAAUGAGAAAUGAGCAGAUAAAAUUAAACAGCUUAAAACAAUUCUUAUGGAUAAAAUUGGCCUGAAUCUACCGAUUGUCGUGUGGUUAUAAUGAACAGAAAACGACUAGUGAAGGGGAAACUUGCUUACGUUUGCCGUUUACCGUAAACGCGAUGCUUAAUCUCUCUAGUAAGUAUAAUCAACGUACAAAAUGUGCUUCUAUAUGUCCACACUAAAAACCCCUGAGGAAUAUCGAUAGGCCUAGUUUGGUUCCUUGAGGCACACCAGCGGGCACAGGGCCUCAUUCAUAAAAACAGUCUCUAGACAGCUUUACGCGUUGUUGUCUAUGCGUUAAGAAGUCGGCCACCCAGAGGGCAACAGCGCGAGGAAAAGAUAGGCCGAAAACUUUGCGCACAAGUAGGGUGUGGUCGCUGAGAUCGAAGGCCUUCCUGUGAUUAAGCGGGAUGACUCUCACAGCAGCCCCAGACCCGUCGGUGGCUCGCAACUAGGUACAUGUAGCAUGAACGUAAGGGCGUGUAGGGUAGAGGACGCUGGGAUGCAACCAUACUGAUUUGGAUCAAUCACCUUCAGAACCGCAGGGCCGAAAUGGCGAGCGACGACAAAGUCCUGUGCAAGUUUAGGUAUCAAGGAGGUUAGGGAGAUCGGACGAAGAUAUUUGUUGAUGUCGAUAACAGGUUUUAGCUUGGGGACAGGCACCAUCUUCCAGGAUUACGGACGUCUCUGCUCCGCAAAAGUGCUGUUUUGCACAGCUGUAAUUGGGCAAGCAAAGAUGCCUGCGUACGCCUUCACCAUACUACCCCCAUCUAGUCCUGCCGCCUUCAUAGGGUUAAGCCUUUUUAGAGCGGAUAAAACGGCGGGUUCGGAUAGGGUCAGCGGUGACAAAUCCUUACUGUGUGACGGGAGGAAUUCAAGCCUUUGGAAGGACUCUAUAGGUUGUAGGAAUCCUGAGUUGAUUAUUAAAUUCUUGAAUAGCACCAAAUAAUGACUGUUUAGGCUUAUGCUGCGACUUCCCUUCCCCUGAUGAAAUAGAAUUCUGCACGAUAUAAAUCUCGCUGAGAUCUCGAUGAUGAGAACUACGAGUAAAGAGGUUCACAAUUCGCUUGUCUUUACUGGCGUCAAUCAUCUGAUCAUCAAACACGAUCAGAUUCUGUUUGUUCACAUCAAAAUAGGAAUCCCGCUCCAAAGCCGUAGGAAUUACCUUGAUAAAUUCAAUGUGCGGCAUGGCGACUAGCAUUUCUGUAGACGCAGGCUGCCAUUGUGAAUAACACCAAACGAUCCUCUCUGGGGGAAGGUAAAUUGCCUCUUAAGCUUGAUGCAAUAGAGAUACAACCCAGGUCGCUUUUCCGGACUUGGUCAUUCCAGCAGUCAUGGAGACGAAAGGAUACUCAAAGCGAAACCGCUGACAUUUCUGUGAAGACAUCGGAACUGUUUGAAAUGGGGUGAGACCAGCAUUGCGGUGUUUAAACAUCGCGUGCCUUUACAUGCUAUCUUUUCUACUAAACGAUUUUUCGCAAACGGAACAAAACCAACUCAUGUCAACUCCUCAGGAGCAGAAUGUAGACUGAGAAAAAGGUAGAAUGUUGCGCGUUUAUAUAGGUUUGGCAAGCCAUGAUAUCACAUUUCUAUUGCUUUCCUCCUCCACCAACACCACCACCACCACAUUUCUAUUGUUAAGUUAUUAACUGUUUUUUUGUUGUUGUUGCUUUUAUAAUAAUAUGUCAAGGUUCUCUCUUGGGUUUUUUACUGUAGAGCUGAGCCAAUUUGUAUGCAAAUGUCGGGUUGUUAACUCGCAUAAUUAACGGCGCGUGACAAUGACAAGACCAUAAGCUCACCAAGCGCUUAGAGUUAGUCCUCUCCUCGAGAUAGAAUACCUGAAUUUUGGGCUUGAGUUUUGUUUAAAUCCUAUGUUUAGUCAUGAUAAUUAAAAGAAAUGAUUAAAGAUUUUUCAGUUACACUCGGUAACAAUAGCUUGUUCAACAACUGAGCUCUUUCAUUUUGAACACAUAAUAGUUUCUACAUGAGCCAAUUAUCAGGGUUAAAAGAGACCGGGCAAUUCUAGGUAAGCCUAUUGUUUUUAUUGUAUAAGAGAGACACUCAUUAGAUAUGGAGGAAGACACUUAUCAGUAUGAAGGAACCCACUUUUUUCCUAGGUUAAAACAAUGGGUGACGUAAAGUACUCGACCCUUAUGCAUAUCAAUGAUUUACCUCAACCUUAAUAGAUACUUACUCGACACCAACGGGGUUUAAUUUCAUUUCUCUAUCACUACUGUGUUAGUAAUGACAAGGGAAAAGAAAGUAAGGUUUGAGGGUAUAACUCUUUUGCAUGGGCGGACAAUGGGAGAAAGCGAUGAAGAAGGUAAAAAUAUUUGGGGAUUAUUGAGGCGGAUGUAAUAAACAAAAAGGAGAUGAAAAAGAAAGUAAAAAAGAAGGCUGAAACUAAUGUUGAAAUCAAGAUUGAAUUGAAAGAAUAAGGUUAUAGCCAUUAACACCUUCUCAGUGUCAGUGCUGAUCAGGUAUGGAGCAGCUAAGAUGGGCAAAGGCAGAACUGAAAACAUUGGAUUCAAUGACUAGAAAGGUGUUGACAAUGAAUGAUGCUUUCCAUUCAAGAAGAGAUGUUAAUAGCUUGUAUGUAUCAAGGGAGGAUGAAGGUUGGGAACUAAUAAGCUGUGAGGGGUGUGUGAGAGGUGAUUAAAACAGUUUUGGGCGGUAUGUGAGGAAUUCUUUGGGCGUUUUACUGCAAGGGGUAAGGGCAGUAAGGUAUAUUGAAAGUGAGGAAACUGUCAGUUAAGCUGAUUGAAGAUAUCUUGGAACAAUGAGCUGAAACUCGACAGCUGGAAGGAAAAAAAGCUGCAUGGUCAAUUUUGUGAGGAAUACCCGGAAUAACACAUGUAAGAAAACUUGGCCGGAGCUGGUUACGAAAAGCAGACUCGAAGAUCCAAACAGAAGCAGUUAUUUGUGCAGGUCAGGAACAGGCCCAGAGGACCAACUAUCUAACUGAUACUAUGUUGACAUUACCGCGCGAAUCCCGCUUAUGUAGGUAAUGUGACGAGAAGGUGAGAGUGUAAACCAUGUUGUCUGUACGUGUAACUUUAAAGUUAGCCCAAAGGGAAUAUAAAAACAGACAUGAAAUAUUGCAAAAGUAGUUCGUUAGAAGUUAUGCGAGAAAUAUCAUCUGGAAGUGGUACGAACACAUGCCUGACAAAGUGAGUAAAAAAGAUAAAGUUAAACUACUGUGGGAUAAUGAACAUCCAAUGUGAUCAUGUCAUCAAUGCUACAAUAGACAUGAUCAUGUGGCUGUAAACAAACAGGAGAGAGAGUGCGCCACUUUCGAUAUUGCUGUAGCAGGGGAUAAGAGAAUUGUUGAAAAGGUUACAAAAUAUCAGGAGCUUAAAGGGACAUUACAAGGAGGUGGAACACGAGAACUGUGUAGGUGAUACAGAUUGUUGUAAGAUCAUUCGCAAGUGUGACGAAGAACUUGGAGAAGUGGCUGGAAAGUUGGACACAAGAAUUAGUAUUUCAUUGCCCCCAAAAAACUACUCUUCUAGGAACAGAAAGGAUUUUAAGAAAAGCAUUAGUCAGUUCUAGAGUAAGGAGUCGAAAUCUAAGGGUCCUUUUUCAUGGGUCAUGACUCGCUCCCUUAGCAAGUACAACGGUAUGAGAUCAGCCAGUGCACAAAAAAAGAAAUAAUAAUGAUGAUGAUGAUAAUAAUGAUAAUUAUUAUUAUUUAAUUAAUAAUUAUUUAUUAUUAUUAUUAUUAUUAUUAUAUUAAUAGUAAUUUGAAUGAUUAUUAUAAUACUUAUAUAGUUCAAGGGAAAUAGGACUGAGUGGAGUCAGGAGACGACAUAGCUGGAGUCCGGUUUGUUUAAUCAUGAGUAACAAUUAAUUAAUCAUAAUUAAACAAAAUUUGUGAUAAUUUCAGAUUUUAUGAACUUUAAAACACAAGAUCUAGCGAGAGUUUUUUGCGGCUAGAAGGAAAAAAAAUAAGAACAACAACAUCGAAGAGCGCGCUCGGCAUAGCGUUAUUGUUGUGCCAUUACUUAGGUAUAUAUGACGGGCACAGUCCAAUUACACUGUUACAGUCAGUACUCAGUCAGGACUCAGAUUGGAAUCAAUUCCGUCUGCAAUCAUCGAAUUGAUUAGAGAAGACUGUUUCUCGGUAUUCCUUUCGUGGGCGAAAACAACUAUAUUUAUAUCAGAAAAAAAAGGCAAACUGAAUAGUAGCACCUCCUGUUUUGCAGACGUAAACGAGUGUGCAACAGGAAAACGCAAAUGUAACGGCAGCUCCAUAUGCCACAACACCAAAGGAUACUUCCUAUGUAUCUGCCUACCAAAGUAUCUCGGCGUUAAUUGCACAGGUAAAUAUAUUGUACAUUGA